UGUAAGAUCCUAUGAGGACGCCUGGUGGCGCUGCAGGAUAAGAAGGUACAAACCAGCCCUGCAGCUGCGACUCCAUUAACAGGCAAAACUAAGCAGCAGAACCUGGAAGCCCACGGGAAGCUUGGAUGCCAUGGGAGGGAGGACUGGAAGGACUGGGUCCUCUAAUAGGAGCACUCACUGGAAUAUUUCUGAGGUCUCUCGGGAAAGAACCACAAGUCUUGGAUUCUGAAGUCUUUACAGUUCAGCAGAACCACCCUCAAGGGAGGCUUUACCAGAAAAGAACAAUGGAGACCAGCGGGAAGCUCAUUUGCAGACAAAGGCAAGUCCUUUUAUUCAUUCUCCUCUUGGGCUUAUCUCAGGCGGGCUUGGAACCUAGGAGCUAUUCUGUGGUGGAGGAAACUGAGGGGCAUGCAUUUGUAACCAAUUUAGUAAAGGACCUGGGUCUGGGUCAGGGGGAACUCUCCAAGCGGGGAGCUAGGGUCAUUUCCAAAGGGAACAAACUACAUUUGCAGCUUGAUCAGGAAACUGGAGAUCUGUUGCUAAAUGAAAAACUGGACCGGGAGGAAUUGUGUGGUCACACGGACCCCUGUGUGCUGCGUUUCCAGGUGUUGCUAGAAAAUCCCUUAGAGUUUUUUCAAGCUGAGUUACAGGUAAUAGACAUAAAUGACCAUUCCCCGGUAUUCAUAGACCGAGAUAUGUUGUUAAAAAUAUCAGAGAGCAGUCCACCUGGAACUACAUUUCCACUGAAGAACGCUCAGGAUGUGGACGUGGGCCGAAAUAAUAUUGAGAACUAUGUAAUUAGCCCCAAUUCCUACUUUCGGGUCCUUACCCGCAAACGCAGUGAUGGCAGUAAAUAUCCUGAAUUGGUGCUGGACAAAGCCCUAGAUCGGGAGCAGGAACCUGAGCUCAGGUUAACCCUUACAGCUCAGGAUGGCGGCUCUCCACCCAGGUCUGGCAUCGCUCAGAUCUACAUCGAAGUCGUGGACAUCAAUGAUAAUGCCCCCGAAUUUCAGCAGCCUCUAUAUAGGGUGCAGAUUCCUGAGGACAGUCCCAUUGGCUUCCUGAUUGUCACAGUCUCUGCUACCGAUGUAGACACAGGAGUCAACGGAGAGAUUUCCUAUUCACUUUUCCAGGCUUCUGAAGAGAUUUGCAAAACCUUUGAGAUCCACCCAAAGACAGGAGAAAUUCGGCUGAAAAACCAACUUGAUUUCGAAAGAAUACAGUUCUAUGAGGUCAAUAUCGAGGCCAGAGAUGCUGGCAGUCUUUCCGGAAAAUGCACCGUUCUGACUCAAGUCAUGGAUGUGAACGACAAUGCCCCAGAAGUCACCGUGUCUGUAUUUACUAGACAUAUACCUGAGAACUCGCCUGAGGCUGUGGUUGCAGUUCUCAGUGUUUCAGACCUUGAUUCAGAAGAAAACGGGAAAAUAAAUUGCUCCAUUCAAGAUGAUCUACCCUUUCUUCUGAAAUCUUCCUUGGAAAACUUUUACACCCUAGUAACAGAGAGACCGCUGGACCGAGAGAGCCAGGCCGAGUACAACAUCACCAUCACCGUCACUGACCUGGGCACCCCCAGGCUGCAAACCCAGCACCACAUGACGGUGACGGUGUCCGACGUGAACGACAACGCGCCGGCCUUCAGCCACACCGCCUACACCCUGCGGGUGCGCGAGAACAACAGCCCCGGCCUGCACAUCGGCCGCGUGAGCGCCGCGGACAGAGACGCGGGCGCCAACGCGCAGGUCACCUACUCGCUGCUGCCGCCGCACGACCCGCGGCUGCCCCUGGCCUCGCUGGUGUCCCUCAACGCGGCCACCGGGCAGCUGUUCGCGCUCAGCUCCCUGGACUUCGAGGCGCUGCGCGCGUUCGAGUUCCGCGUGGGCGCGGCCGACCGCGGCUCGCCGGCGCUCAGCAGCCAGGCGCUGGUGCGCGUGCUGGUGGGGGACGCCAACGACAACGCGCCCUUCGUGCUGUACCCGCCGCAGAACGGCUCGGCGCGCUGCCCCGAGCUGGUGCCCAGGGCGGCCGAGGCGGGCUACCUGGUGACCAAGGUGGUGGCGGUGGACGGCGACUCGGGCCAGAACGCCUGGCUGGCGUACCAGCUGCUCAGGGCCACGGAGCCCGGGCUGUUCGGCGUGUGGGCGCACAACGGCGAGGUGCGCACGGCCAGGCCGCUGAGCGCGCGCGACGCCGUCCGGCACAGGCUGCUGGUGCUGGUCAAGGACAACGGCGAGCCGCCGCUGUCGGCCAGCGUCACGCUGCACGUGCUGCUGGUGGACGGCUUCUCGCAGCCCUACCUGCCGCUCCCGGCCGCGGCGGCGGCCGAGGCCCGGGCCGACCCGCUCACCGUCCACCUGGUGGUGGCCUUGGCGUCGGUGUCGUCGCUCUUGCUGGUGGCGGUGCUGGGGUUCGUGGCGGUGCGGCUGGGCAGGAGGAGCCGGGCCGCGGCGGGGGGCGGCUGCUCGCUGCCCGAGGGCCCCUUCGCGGGCCACCUGCUGGACGUCAGCGGCGCGGGGACCCUGUCGCACAGCUACCAGUACCAGGUGUGUCUGACGGGAGACUCAGGGACCAAUGAGUUCAAAUUCCUCAAGCCCAUUAUCCCCAAUAUCCAGGCACAGAGCUCUGGGAGGAAUAGUGAAGAAAAGCCCACCUUUCGAAAUAGCUCUGGAUUUAAUUUUCAGUAAGAAUUCUUUUUUUUCUUUAAGUGUUGUACUCAUAUCCAUAUUAGUUUAGUUUUAAAACUCCUAGUUGUUAUGCAGUUUCAAGCCUAAUUUUAAGUGCUAUAUAUCUGUUUUACAAUGUUAUUUCAUCCUUUUUGCAUUAAUCAAUAGGUAGCUUUAAUUAGCACCCUUUUCUAAAUAAUAGUUUUAAGGUUUAACCAUUUCAAAAUGUGCAAGGAUUUAGUUAUUAUUUCUUAUCUAGAGAACAAAUUUUUACUUUCUCCUAGUAUAUUUCAUAGACUAAUCUCUUGAUCCUAAUCACCUUGUACUUCCUUCAUGUAAGAAGACAUACCUGCACUUCUGACCUUAUCUAACAUUCUAUUUAAUCAUAUAUUUAAAAACCAUGUCAUCUAGCAUUUAAAAAUAAAUAUUUCUCUGUUACUCUGCUCACGACACAAUGAGAUCAUCUUGUGAGUGAUAUUGGACUCACAAGAUACCUUGUAGUCAUAUUGUUAUUUCAUUUCCCUUAAAUACACUACUCUUACCUUUUUCUAGUGUUC